CGCACACUUCGAGACGGCGGCCGCCUCCGCUCCACCCCUCCCCCUUCCUUCCUUCCCCCCUCUCUCUCUGCGGUGCCGACUGGGCGAGCGGCGGCGCCAUUCCCCACGUCUUCGCCGGGUCCUUUGCACCCACCAGGAAACACGGCCGGGGGUGCAGAUGGACGCAGAGACGGCGCAGGCGGCUCCUGCGCUCGCGGCCCAUCUGCAUAACUCGCCGGUACGUACGUCGGGCCACUGCGGUCGCGGUACACGUAGAACAGCCGGGUUUUGCCAGUUACUUUCGAUUACAUUUCGCAUGCCUUCUGUUAUUAUCUGGGUGAUGACUGCUGAUGAUCCGUUUGCCUUUCCAUUGAUCUACUGCUCCGGUCAGUUAUGUGCUGCUUUAGUUUCCUUUUUGGGUGAUUAUAUUCGGCCGGAUAGGUAAUUAAGUUGCAGUUGAUAUAUACACUUUGAUGCCCUUUUAUGCAAGUUACACAGUGUUACGGUGUUAUCAUCAAACGUCAGUGGUAGUUUUCUGAAUUCUAAAGUGCAGAGUUGCUUUUGUUAAUCAGUUUGGUAGAGCAGUCUUGUUCGUUUAAGAGAGGUGCAUGCAUUCUAUAAGUUGCUUUAAUAGGUGUGGUCGAGUAUUCUCCAUGAGCCUUGUCAAAUCUGCUGAGCUCAUUUAUUGCAGCAUGUUUAAUUUGCUGAGCCUGGUUUAAUCUGGAAUGAUGUACGAUUACUUUUGUAGUAGUAAUUUUUGCGAGUGCGACUGGGAAUCAGAAAUUAUGUGGAUACAUUAGUAUGGAUUAGUGAUUUAUUUAAUUAUGCCCAUGCACAUUGUAACUGAUGAAAUGAUGAGGAACUGCUAAAUCUAAAAGAAAAUCGUUCAGAUACUUAAUUUACAAAGUUGCCAAAUUGAACACCAUGGCUCUGUUGGGCUUUAUAUAUUACUUUUUUACAGUCUUAUGGUCUGGUUAGUCAAUGGAAGAUCCUUCUGUGUUUUUGUGUGAGUCCUUUGUGCAAUUGAUCACUUGAUAUCUUCUACAUGUAUGUCACGGUACGUAUUAAAAUUACCAUCAAGUGGACAUUAAAAUGCAUAUUCUCUGAACAACUGUUGUUAGGAGAUAAAGCCAUAGAUUGAUAUGUCACCUGGAUUUUGUCACUAGUUACUUUCAUGAUUUUCUUAAUGGAUUAGUGCUAUAUAUAUAUAUGUAUAUAUAUAUAUAUGUUUUGCUUGUAUCCAUUCAUGCAAUUAGCAUAUUUAUAUAGCCAUUGUCCUGAAUAAAAUACCUGAUAGUUGCACAAUUCGCCACCGUGUCAGUAAUUCACUUGUCAGCACAUAAACAUUUCAAGCUGACUUUAAUAAAUCUCUAGAUGGUAAAUUCUUUUUCAGUGUGUAUAUAGCUGUAUAAUAUUUUUAAUUGAAUAUGGAGAUGUACACAGGAGUUGCACAUGAAUCAAAACUGGACCGACAAACCUUUGCAUGUCAAAAAGUAGAGUUAAUUUGUCAGGUUGACAUAUGGGGAGAGAAAAAAAAUGUUCCCUUUCUUUAUAGUUUAUUUUUUAUUUCUGGUGGUGUGCUGUAGUGUAAAAUGAUGUUGAUUGCUGUCCCUCUUUCACGAGGCUAUGUUUUCCCAUGUCAGGCACACCGUGUUCACUCUCAAAGCCCAUUUUAGUUUUCCCUUCUCCCAUGAAUCACACACGUCUCACCUGUUGUAUCUGUGACCAUUGUACAUCGCAAGAAGCCACAGGUCAGCAAGUACUACUUCAAGAAGAAGGACCAGUAGCCACAGCAGCAGAAAUGGCAAGGAUGGUGCCAACCACGACUCCAGGAUCCAACCCGGUUCGCCCUUGAGCAGACAGAGCCUGACCUUCUACGACACCCCACCUACCACGCUGGUGAGCAUGGCCGGGGAUAUAUGGUGCCGGUGCCACUGCACACUCACCCGACACUUGUGCGAAUUGAUCUGGUUUCAUCAGGAGCCUUCUAUGAGAUCGACCAUAAAAAGUUGCCCCCCAAAUCCCCAAUCCAUCUGAAAUCCAUACGGGUGGUAAAGGUGAGCGAGCGCACGAACCUGGAAGUUACAGUAAAAUUCCCGUCCCUCCAGUCACUGCGCAGCUUCUUCUCCUCCUACCCAGAGUCCGGCACUGGGCCAGAGCUCGACGAGCGCUUCGUCAUGAGCAGCAACCAUGCUGCGCGCAUCUUACUCCGCCAGGUGGCCGAGAAGGAGCUCGAGGGCGAGGUGGGCCAGGAAAGCUUCUGGCUCAUCAAGCCCCACCUCUACGACUUCGCAGCGUGCCAGCAGGAGGCGCCGCCACCUGCUCCACCGUCGGCUAAACUGGCGCCGGUAGCUGACUCCUGCUUGCUCACCACCUUGAAGUGCGAUGGCGCCGGGUGGGGCAUGAGGCGCCGUGUCAGGAUGAUGGUGUGAAUUGGUGAUUGUGCUGCGUCGCAUAGGCCAUCUCCAGCAGUGUUACCAUUCGGGCUGCCCAUUUUGAGAGAAAAAGGCGUAGGACCCACCUCAUGUCUCCCCCAUCCGCCAGACGGUCUCCAGCAGGCGCUUGCAUUUCUCCCCCACCCGUUGCUCUCCCGCCACCCCGACGAGUAGUAGCAGCAGCAGCAGCUCCACGGCGCUGGUCCUCUUCCCCGGUCCGCGUCGUCCUCCUCCUCCGACGAGCCGCAGCCGUGGC